AUGCAGGGAGCCGCCAACCGGGACCCGCAACAGUUCCCCGAACCCGACCGCUUCGACAUCCUCCGCCGCAACAACCGCCACGUGGCCUUCGGCUACGGCGUCCACCACUGCCUGGGGGCGCCCCUGGCCCGCAUCGAAGGGCAAAUCGCCUUCCUCGCCCUGCUGCGGCUGCCGGAACUGCGGCUGGAGAACCCAGCGCCGGAGUGGCAGGAGGGCGUCUCGCUGCGCACCCCGAAGUCGCUGCCGGUACGGUUCAGGGCGAGUUGA